UGCGAUCAGGAAAACAUUAGGAGGAAAAAUAGAGAUGAGAUUUUCUACAAGAUCAAAUUCAACUAUCAUAUCAAUAUUGGAUGGAUUACUGUUUUCAAAUUAAAGAUACACCGAUCACAUGUCAACGUGAAACAUAUCAGUAUGAAAUGACACAUAUCACAAAACACAAAUGAUAUCAAAAAGAGGAUUUUAUAUGCAUUUAAACAGAACAACAACGUCAUAUUAAUGUAUUUGAAUAAAACCUACCACAUAUCAAUACAAGCAACUUCACAUUUCAAAGAAUUACUCAUAUCUAUAUUAGAAUUAUCACUCAUCAGUAUUAGAAGAGUAUAAAUGAUAUUGGUAAGCACAAACUUCUUCCCCAGAAAGCUCUGGACGUGAUUUUAAAGUUUGUAAGUGGAACAAAUUGCUGCAGAAACUUCAAGGAGUAAAUAACAAUUUUUAACUCGUUUGCUCCAGUGUGAUAUGAAAUCUAAAUGAUAUUAGUAGAAGUGAAAAUAUCAACAAUAUCAAAAGACUAUAUACAAAUUUAUCAUCGGAUCCUUUAAGUGAUUAAUUAGUAGUGUGUAAAUAAUAGUUAUAAAUUUAAAUAAAAAUGGGUUUCUUACUACGAAGACGUUCAAUGCUUCUAAAAGCAGUUGGACUCCUGAGUGCGGCGUGGUUUGUGGUAGCAAUUGUAAUGUAUGCAGAUGACCGAGGUUCACAUCCGAAUGUUGUUCAUCAUCAAGUUAUGCCUCAACAACCUCAACAAUUAGUACAAGUGGUUGAACCACCUGCACAAUUUGCUCCAGUAGUCAUGCCUCAUCAUAAUAGAGAAAAAGGACACAGCAAGGAGCUGCCAACGCCUAAUAAGAAUGAUGCCAAGAGGCGAGGACCAGAAGAAGUAAAUUCGUUUAUCAAAGUCAGUUUGCAAGAUGUUUGA